AUGCCAGAGGUCUGCAACGAUGAAUUCAACCGGGGGGACGACUGCGCCUCUUCCGGUUCCAACCCCGACGACAACCCCGUUCAGAAGGAGCCCCCGCCCGGACCGUCAGUAGCACAUGUGACGGGUACUUCGCUCAGUGCGACUGAGAAGGGGCUCGUUGUGUGUGGAGCGACCUUGGGGGCGGUCCUCAUAGUGGCCCUCCUUAACAUGCUCUACAGGGUCGUUAAGAGAGUCCUUAAGGGGAAGCCGUUGAUCGCUUCUAUGCGAAGCCGGUCCCAGCACGACGAAUUCCCAACUUUUGUCGACAGCCAGGCGUACGAACUUCAGCUCUCUGCACGUUCCACUUAUGGGCCGGAGCCAUUCACGAUUGGUGACCUGAGGCUGGCAACGGACAACUUCUCCGAGGAAAGGGUGCUGGGAGAGGGAGCCUUCGGGAAGGUGUUCAAGGGCCUGCACAAGAAGAAGCCAAUUGCUGUGAAGCAGAUGCGGAUUCACAGCGGGGGCGAUGCGGACAGAGAAUUCAGGUCCGAGCUGGAGGUCAUCUCGAGGGUCCACCAUCGCAACCUAGUCAAGCUGCUGGGGUUCGUGGUCGAGGAGGACCAGCGCUACUUGGUCAUGGAGUUUAUUCCCAAUGGCACACUGUAUGCAGCUCUGCAUCCUAAGCUUUCGGACGAUCCUCUGGACUGGGCUUGCCGCAGGACGGUGGCAAUUGGGAUUGCCCGGGGCAUGGCGUACCUGCACGACGACUGCUACCCGCGAAUCAUACACAGAGACCUGAAGAGCAGCAACAUCUUACUGGACAACCGAUACGAGGCACAGGUCGCGGAUUUCGGGCUUGCCAAGCAAGAUGAAUUCAGCGCAACCCAGACACACCUGUCUACCAGGGUCAUGGGGACAUUUGGCUACAUGGAUCCUGCUUAUGCUAAUACGGGGCGCCUCACCGAAGAGAGCGACGUUUACAGCUUCGGUGUGGUGCUCUUGGAGCUGAUCAGCGGACGCAAGGCAGUGGACAUUACCAAACCUCCUGGCAAGCAGAGCCUUGUGGAGUGGGCGCGUCCCCUGAUCGAGAAGAAGAUGACCUUUCAAUUGGCAGACUCUCUGCUCGACAGCGAGUACGAUGAGGGGGAGUUGCGGACGAUGAUACAGGUCGCCUCCAACUGCACCAAUGCACUGCCCAAUAGGAGGCCCGGAAUGAAGGAGGUUCUUGCUAUCCUCCAGGGCGCCUCCAUGGAGCAACAGGCGCCUGCGGGGCAGCUCACUCCGGUGUCCGAGGAGAUUUCUUCUGUCAUGUCCGGCCCGUUAAAUGCAUCCGAUUUGGGUGCCCGCCUCGCCCGUCUUCAAUCGGAAGAGGAUCCCUACAACCAGACCGUCAUAGAUCCGGAGCGGUUCAGUACGGGGGGGCUGGACCGGGACGACGAGGCUGCCCCACUGGAGAUGCAGGGCGUGUUUAUUGCAUUCCACUCCCUGCACUCGGGGCACCCAGUUGUGAUCAACGACGAGCGGCUCCUCGUCCAGGCUUCAUUGAAGCUGCGACAUGCCGCGGUCGAUUACGUACUCGAGCACUACAGGAAGCCUCUAGGCGGCAUCAAGGGCAACCUGACUGGGCGCGACCUCGUGCUCCUAGAAUGGACAGUGGCUCUUUGCGAGCCGGGGUUCCUAUCCUGCGACUGCUGCUAG